GUGAAGUGUUAAAAGAGGAUUUUUUUUUGCGUAUUCGACACACAAUGACUGCCGCAUCGAACGGUAACAUCGUCCAGGACGAUGAGGGACCACCGUCCCAUUAUAAAGCCAAUAUAACAUUGGGUGACUCCUUUGCUGGCAAUGGCAAGGAAAAAAAGAGCUUUGAACCGAAUAAAACGAAAAAGAAAUCGAAGCAUGACUCUUCAGAUGACAAUGAUGGCAGUGAGGAUGGUGAUGAGAAGCCCAAGGACGAUAUUCAACCAGUUGGUUUCUUUGCCAUGUUUCGUUAUGCCACCACAAAGGAUCGCGUAAUGUAUGGAAUUGGUUUAUUGUGUGCCAUAGCUACGGGUCUAACCACACCAGCCAACAGUUGGAUUUUUGGUAACUUGGCCAAUAGUAUGAUUGAUUUUGGCGGUGCCAUUCAAGGAACACGAUACAGACUUGACGAUGCCAUGUCCGAGGCUCUUUUGGAUUCUGUUCAAGAAUUUUCACUACAGAAUACGUAUAUUGGCAUAGUCAUGUUGGUCUGCUCCUAUAUAUCGGUGACUACUUUCAAUUAUGCUGCCCACUCGCAGAUUCUAAGCAUAAGAUCGAGAUUCUUUCGUUCAAUCCUGCAUCAAGAUAUGAGUUGGUAUGACUUUAAUCAGAGCGGUGAAGUGGCCAGUCGCAUGAAUGAGGAUUUGUCUAAAAUGGAGGAUGGCCUGGCUGAGAAAGUUGUAAUGUUUGUCCAUUAUAUUGUAUCGUUUAUUGGCUCCUUGGUCUUGGCAUUUGUAAAGGGUUGGCAAUUAUCGUUGGUUUGUCUGACAAGUUUGCCGGUGACUUUCAUAGCCAUGGGCUUGGUAUCAGUGGCCACCUCUAAACUGGCCAAACAGGAGGUCGGCAUGUAUGCAGGAGCAGCUGUUGUGGCCGAGGAGGCCCUAUCUGGUAUCCGAACUGUCAAGGCUUUCGAGGGCGAAGAGAAAGAAGUGGCUGCCUACAAGGUGCGCGUCGUUGGAGCCAAGGAAUUGAAUAUCAAACGUAAUAUGUUCUCCGGCUUGGGUUUUGGACUUCUUUGGUUCUUUAUCUAUGCAUCUUAUGCUCUGGCCUUUUGGUAUGGCGUUGGUUUGGUGUUGAAGGGCUACAAGGAUCCGUACUAUGCCAACUAUGAUCCCGGAACUAUGAUUACUGUGUUCUUUUCGGUUAUGAUGGGCUCCAUGAAUAUUGGCAUGGCUGCUCCCUACAUUGAGGCAUUUGGCAUUGCAAAAGGAGCUUGUGCCAAGGUCUUUCAAAUUAUUGAACAGAUUCCCAUUAUUAAUCCCAUUGUACCACAGGGUAAGAAACUAAACGAACCUUUAACCGAGAUUGAGUUCCGUGAUGUGGAAUUCCAUUAUCCGACGCGUAAGAAGAUCCAGAUUUUAAACAGGCUCAAUCUGAAGAUUCAUCGUGGCGAGACGGUGGCUCUGGUGGGUCCCUCCGGUUGUGGCAAAUCCACGUGCAUUCAAUUGCUUCAGCGUUUCUAUGAUCCCGAUGGCGGUGAACUUUUAUUUAAUGGCAAGAAUCUGAAGGAUCUUAAUAUCAAUUGGUUGCGUGAUCGCAUUGGUGUAGUGGGUCAGGAACCGGUGCUCUUUGGUCAAUCUAUAUACGAGAAUAUACGCUAUGGACGUGAGGAUGCCACCGAGGAAGAGAUUCAUGCCGCUGCAGCUGCUGCGAAUGCUGCCAUCUUCAUUAAGAAAUUGCCCAAGGGAUACGAUACACUGGUGGGAGAACGAGGAGCUCAAUUGUCUGGAGGACAGAAGCAACGUAUUGCCAUUGCCCGUGCCCUGGUACGUGAUCCUGAAAUCUUGCUGCUGGAUGAAGCCACCUCUGCACUGGAUACGGCUAGCGAGGCCAAGGUACAAGCGGCUCUAGAGAAGGCAAGUGCUGGACGCACCACAGUCAUUGUGGCUCAUCGUUUGUCCACGGUGAGGAGGGCCGACAAAAUUAUUGUCAUCAACAAGGGCGCAGUGGUUGAGAGUGGAACCCAUCAGGAGCUUAUGAUGAUCAAGAAUCAUUACUUUAAUCUGGUCACCACCCAGUUGGGUGAGGAUGAUGGCACUGUGCUCAGUCCCAGCGGUGAUAUCUAUAAGAAUUUCGACAUUAAGGAUGAAGAUGAAGAGGAUAUUAAGAUAAUUGAGGAGGAAGUGGAAGAAGAAGACUCAAAUAAGGAUAAGAAAAAGAAGAAACAGAAGAAGGUUAAGGAUCCCAAUGCCGUUUCACCCAUGUCCGGGGUAAUGAAAAUGAACUCCCCGGAAUGGCCACAAAUCACAAUCGGUUGCAUUUCGUCGGUCAUCAUGGGCUGUGCCAUGCCCAUAUUUGCGGUUCUCUUUGGCAGCAUCCUGCAAAUUUUGGCCGUCAAGGACAACGAUGACUAUGUGCGAGAGAAUUCCAAUCAGUAUAGUUUGUAUUUCCUCAUAGCUGGCAUUGUGGUAGGCAUCGCUACCUUCAUGCAAAUCUUCUUCUUUGGCAUUGCUGGCGAACGCCUCACGGAACGUAUUCGAGGAUUACUAUUUGAGACAAUGUUGAGACAGGAGGUGGCCUGGUUCGAUGAUCGUGCCAAUGGAACGGGUAGCCUAUGUGCCCGUCUUUCCGGCGAUGCGGCUGCUAUACAAGGUGCCACUGGUCAGCGCAUAGGAACCAUUAUCCAGUCCGUUUCAACACUUGUAUUGGGCAUUGCUCUCGCCAUGUACUACGAAUGGAGUCUGGGUCUAUUGGCUUUGGCCUUCACCCCAUUCAUUCUGAUUGCCUUCUAUCUACAGAGGACAAUUAUGGCUCAGGAAAAUAUGGGCACGGCCAAGACCAUGGAGAAUUGCACGAAACUGGCCGUCGAAGUGGUAUCCAACAUUCGUACAGUCGUUUCGUUGGGCAGAGAGGAAAUGUUCCAUUCCACCUAUAUGAAUAUGCUCUAUCCGGCUGUGGCCAAGGCCAAAAAGAAUACCCAUUACAGAGGUCUGGUCUAUGGUUUGGCUCGGUCCAUGAUGUUCUUUGCCUAUGCCGCCUGCAUGUACUAUGGAGGAUGGUGUGUGGUCAAUCGUGACACCGAAUUUGGAGAUGUCUUUAAGGUCUCACAAGCUUUGAUCAUGGGCACAGCUUCUAUAGCCAAUGCCUUGGCUUUUGCCCCCAAUAUGCAGAAGGGUAUCAGUGCGGCAAAAACGAUUCUGACCUUCCUGAAGCGACAACCUCUGGUCACCGACAAACCAGGAGUCUCACAGCUUCCUUGGCAUUCGCAGGGUAAUGUUAUGUACGAUCGUGUCGAAUUCACGUAUCCCACACGCAAAGAAAUGCAGGUCCUUAAGGGCAUAGUCCUACCUGUGAAGACAGGCCAAAAGGUGGCUCUGGUUGGUCCUUCUGGCUGUGGCAAAUCAACUUGCAUUCAGCUUAUCCAGCGUUUCUAUGAUGUCGACGAUGGUUCCGUGCAGAUCGAUCAAAAUGAUAUACGUGAAAUUUCCAUGAGGAAUCUACGUAAUCAACUGGGCAUUGUGUCACAGGAGCCCAUUCUGUUUGAUCGCACCAUUAGGGAGAAUAUUGCCUAUGGUGACAAUUCGCGAACAGUUAACGAACAGGAGAUUAUAGCCGCUUGCAAGAAGUCCAAUAUUCAUGAGUUCAUUGCGGCUCUUCCCUUGGGCUAUGAGACACGCAUGGGCGAGAAGGGUGCCCAGCUAUCCGGUGGUCAGAAGCAACGUAUUGCCAUAGCUCGUGCUCUUAUACGUAAUCCAAAGAUCUUGUUGCUCGAUGAGGCCACCUCUGCCUUGGAUGCAGAGAGUGAGAAGAUUGUCCAAGAUGCUCUCGAUGCUGCUGCCGAAGGACGCACCACCAUUAGUAUAGCCCACAGAUUGUCCACCAUUGUCGACUCGGAUAUCAUUUAUGUGUUCGAGAAUGGUGUCGUCUGCGAAAGCGGCACCCAUCACGAUCUUGUGAAGAAUCGUGGUCUUUAUUACACUUUGUACAAAUUGCAAACAGGCGCCAUGUGAAAAACUAGUCUCUAGCUAAGUUAAUAGGUUUACGAAUUUCGAUCAAUGAUAUGCCAAAUAUCUCAGAGAUGAGACAUUGGCGGUAUCCCAAUUGUAAUUAGUAUUUAGUUGUUAAGUUUAUUUAUUAAUUAAAUAAAAGAAAUGUUUAUUAAACAAAA